UAUGCAAAUGCAGAUAAAUAGUGAGUUGAAUUACAAAAAUUAUAAUUUUUUUUUUAAUUGUUGAAUUAAUUUGCAGAAAUUGUCAAGAAAUUCAUCAGUUUAGGAGAAUGUGAGAAAUUUAUUAACUAAUUUAAAGCCUUAGUAGCAAUUAGGGUUUUACAAAGGUUGAUGGAAUAUGUUUAGAAUUAUUAAAAAAAUAAUCAUUAUUAUCCGACGGCAGUCACCUAAAAAAUACAAGUUUCAUUUUUGCUCUUUCAAAACGCAUUACCUUCAAGGGAGCGGCAUGUUUUGAUUAAUUUUUUUUUAUGUGGGCGUGGUCUCGCUUCCAAUUGGGUUUUUUGUAUAUGCAGUAUAAACUCGGUAACCGCAACCCUCGAUGCACGCAACUCCUCGAUUCAUUGACAUCAAUAACUGCAACUUUACAUCUAAAUAUGUUUUGCUUCAGUUCUUUUUUUGUCGGUUUGUUUGUUUGUUAUGUAUUCACAAACUGAUCGUUAUUUUACCGUUGCUCAACAAUGACUUUCCACAAAUAUGGAAGCUGGGCCAGGAAACCGGCAAAACUUAAAAUCUGAUGAAUACCCAAAAAUGGAAAAGGCUUUUUGAAACAAAGGAGUGAAAAUGUGCCUAUACCCUUCGGUAUCGUCAAAGCAAAAGCUCGCAAUCUCCAUUAGAAAAUAAAAGAAAAGAUGUUUGGAUGUUUUCAUGCAAGUAAUGGUUGUAAUGGUCACUUGAAAAUUUGCAGAGAGAAGCUUUCCAAUAAGACAGCGUCCGUCGACCCAUUUGUAAUACGUUUUAGAAAUAAAAUCAAGGAGCUUGAUCUUUCUGCGGAACGACGAGUGCGCAUUGUUUUUCAGGCAGGUACCAGAUAAAACGUUGGUGAGCUUCAAGGAAUCAUCUGCUCCUGGUCGGAAAGUUAGUAAGGAAAGAAUACGCACAAAGUUAAGCUCUUUGUCAUUGGAAAAGCAAAAAACCCUAGAGCAUUCAAAAAUGUUCAAAAAAUGUCCGUUGUCUACAAGGCUAACAAGAACUCGUGGAUGACUUAUUUGUUUUUCGAAGACUGGUUUCAUCAUACGUUUGUUCCUGAGGUACGCGAAUUUCUAGAAUCCAAGGGACUUCCCAAAAAAGCUCUAUUGGUCUUGGAUAACGCCCCGUGUCAUCCCAAAGGCAAUGAGAUGAAAAGAGAUGAUGGAAUGAUAUCCGUUAUGUGUCUUCCACCUAACUGUACUGCGAUUCUCCAACCAAUGGACCAAAAUGUUAUUAAUUUAACAAAAGUCUAUUACAAAAAAGGCUUUUGGAGCUUUAAAACCACUCAUCUGAAAGAAAAAAUAAAGGAAUUCAAUUUAAGACAUGCUAUCUGUCUUCUUGCAAGUCCAUGGGAAAAAGUGUCAGCAAGCUCCAUUCGCAAGUGCUGGAAUAUGUUAAUGAAACUAGAUGUUGAGGAAAAGGAUCAGUUGCUAUGCAAUCUUUUAACACAUGCAUUCAGUGGGCUGAGGAAAACGAUAUUCCAAUAAAAAACAUUAUAUUUCUGAAGGAGCUUCGUGAAAGGGCUAAAAUAAAAACCCUUAAUAAGAAGAAAGUGCAGACAACAAUACCCGAUAUGUUUAAAAACUAAAAUGUUUAAUAAAAAAUAAGCUUUCUAUAUCAUAAAACGAUUUUCAAGGCAACUACCAAGAUUUCUAUUAGUUGCGGUUACCGAGUUUAUACUGUAUCUCGCAAACGAAUAAAAAUAUAUGAACUAAACUUUCUGCAGUAUCUUCCCUUACGUACCUAUUACACACAAUCAAAAUAGGUGAAAUUGGAUAAUAACCACGUCCAUCACCCAUACAAAGGUUAUUAAGAUAAAUUACUAAAAGAUCGAUGACUCACUAACGAAGAACGUCAGAAACACAAAAUUUUACAGAAGAAAUGGAAAAUGGGCGUGGCGUCCCUCACUUAUGGGUCAAAAACCAUAUCUCAGGAACUGCUCGACCGAUUGUUACGAAAUUCGGUAUAUAAUAUAAUAUUGACAGCAAGAGGAUGGAAUAUGGGUGAAAUCAGUUCACAAGCGUACUUGAUAUGUAAUUCAAUUUUGAAUUUCAUCUGAUUCGUUCACUUUAUAAUAUAUACGUACAUACAUUAGGAACCAAUGAAGAUAGCGGAAUAAAACUUUGCACAAAUGCUGUAUUUAAGGUGUGGCAUCACUUGAGGAAAAUUGUCGCAAUCGGACUAUAACUUUUCAAGGUCCCUGAUAUCGAACAUGAAGAACUCAGUACCUAAGAGUAAUUUUUCACCGGAAAUAUCGGCAAAUCUCUCAGUGGGCUUAUGCUGAAUAUAUUGUGUUAUUUCAUUAAUAAAUUGUGAGGGUAUAAAAUUUUCGGUUGCACUCCAUCUUAGCCUUUCCUUACAGGUUUUAUGUAUGAAGAAGCUUCAGCAAAGUCAGUAAAAAUCGUUCAAGGGUACAGGUUUCCAUUGAAAUUAUUUUCUUUUUUUUAAACACCGUUUUGCUUAUCAUAUCUUAUGGCAAAUGCUUUAAUUUCUAAAAAAAUCAGCUUGAGAUGCUCCCAAGCUAUGUGGGCACUAGUAGUCAAAUAUAAUUAGAAAAUUUCAGCAGAAUAACAUUUCUCCCACCUUUUUAUUAUUAGCAAAUAAUCUCCCUAAUCAUCUAUUGCAUAAGCUUAUA